AUGGAAAUGAGAUCUGUAAAUGUUAUUUCUGCAGUUUGUGCAUUUAUCUCUAAGGUAUCGGUUGUUCCCUCUGCCUCCGCACUUGUCAUCAAGGUGUUGAAGGAGGUGAUGCACCCUAGAUCUAUGGCUAAGGAUUUGAGUGAAACCGUUAAAGAGAUCUUGGGAAUUUGUGUAUUUGUUGGUUGUACGGUAGAAGGAAAGGAUCCUAAGGAUUUGCAGCAAGAGAUUAUUGAGGGAGAUGAGGAGAUUCCUCAGGAUUGA